CAUUUUGAGCAUCUUCAGUUUUAUGGUACGGCUAACAUAAUGUAGACAUUUCUAGGUAUAUAUUUAACCAAAUAUAUUAGAUUUAAUGUGUAACUUAUGCAACAUCUGUUUGACAGGAAGCCACUUCCAGCAACAGCAGAUGAGAGUUACUUCGCGCUCUCUUCCUUUCUGAGAAGAGAUUAUCUGUGGCAGUAAUGUUUGUCUCGAUAUAACUCGUACUAUAGACAUUAUUGUUUUCCCUAUUUGAAAAGAUGGAACAACGUUUUGCUGAUCUACUUAGUGAUGCUUUUUCAGAAACAGCUGUUCCAUCAUUCCCUGAUGAAGAUUUGGAUUUUGAGAAUUUAAAUUUUGACGAAAAAUCUGAGGCAGACAAAACAGACAUCUCUGAAGAAAACGUACUUACAAAGGAAGACGGGGCUCUGCAGCAGGAAGCAACUGAUCAAACUGCAGUUUUGUCUAGCAUGGAAACUAAAGAUAUAAACACAGCUGAAAAUGUUGAUGAAGAGCAGUGUCAUGAUGAAAGCGAAGACGAGGAUUUUGAAGGUGUAGGGGUCAUGAACAGGGACAAAACAACUCAGGAAGAUUACACAAGCUCAGAUGGAGAGACUGAGGAGCUAAGCUCUGGAGAAGAUGAAGAGGAUGAGGAAGAUGAUAUGGGAACAGGAGAGAAACCAGGGGAUUUGUUGAGGUCGGUUCACUGCAGCGACGAGUUUUGCGAUGUUAAUAAAGAGGACAAGGUCUUUACUGAGGGACAACCUCUGGCCCCGGAGGGUGCUGAAAACCCUCAAGUUAGAAACAAGGAGCAAGGUGAGAGCGAGAGUGAUGAGGAGGUGUCCUAUUUUGAGAGAGUCCCUGAACGUGGCAGUGAGAUGAUGAUAAGAGGUGACGGGAUUGAAGAGGAUGAGCAAGAGAGGGAAAAAGAAAAAGAAGAAGACUUGUGUGAUUCUGAGCAUGAGGGCAUGAAAAUCGAACAAGAAGAAGAUGUUCUCGCUCCGUGCUGUGAGCAGGAGCUUGAAAAUCCUUGCGGACAUGGCCAAGCGAAAGCAGAUUUGGAGUUUCCAGAAAUAUCAGUGCAAAAUCUACAGGAUCUAAUUGCUGAAGUUGAUAGUGAGAAAUAUGGAGAGAAAAUUAAGGAUUUUUCAGGGGAGGAGCACCAAGAUGCAGGUGAGAGCUUUGCAGAUUAUCCCUCAGACUUUUCCUCAUGCGAAUAUGUAGAAGAUGGAGGCAAAAUUCAAAAGAAGGAUCACCAGUCAAAGGCCUUGGCUUCUACAUCCAACAGUGGUUCAAUUGCAAAGCAGAAAACCUGCUUGGAAAGUGCUGUGACAGAUGCAAUGUGGAUGGGAAGAGCUGAGGACACCGAUGAAGAGGGGGACGGGUAUCUGUACAGCAAAGAUUUAGAGUUUGAUGCCAAUGAGUUUAGGAGCCUGGAUGUGGCAAAUGGAGAAAAAGAGAUUGUGAGCAUAUCUGCCGAUGCAGCUGUAACAGGGGUUGAUGAUGGAGGUGCAACAGGUGAGAGUGAUUCCUACAACUCCAGUGAUGAUGAGGUCCAAGAGAAGAGGAGUGAUGAGGAGCUCUUUGAUCGUAUGAGUCUACAAGAUCUUGAAAGCAACAAGCAUCUGGAGGAGACUCUCAGUGGGAGCAGUGCAGCAUUUUCUGACUACUACAACAGAGUGGAUCCAGCAGGUUUCAACAUUCAUUGGAAUCUAGACGUGUUAACAGCUGAUACCCUUCUGUCUGAAGACCUGUUAACCACAGAGGACACAAAUGAAGUGGAAACACCGCUUUCAGAUGUGACUCAGCGUCCUGCAGAAGACGGCAACAGCUACUCAGUGGUUCAGAGAGGGGAUGCAAAAACAACAAUCCCCUCUAACCAGGGAUCGCUGGAUGAUAGCUUCUUCUUCAACACUGAACCUGAACCCUCUGGGAUCAUGGAGACUGGACAGUUGGGAAACGACGAGUAUAAAGACGACAGCAACUGGGAACAAGAGCAGGAGAGAAUCAAGGCUUUCUACGAGUUUUAUGAUGACAGCGACGGAGAGAACGAAAGAGAAGGGAGGCAGAUAAAAGUUCAGUUUUGUGCAGAUCCAUUGUCUCAGGUCAUUCACUAUGAAACUGACAGUGACAGAGCUUCACUCAGCAGCUCCACAGAAGGGGAGGAGGACCUGAGCUCUGCAGAGACAUCUGAGGAAUUGAGUGAGGUUGACGACACCACGGAAAUGUCACAGGCUUGUGACCCCCCAAACACUCAGCUACCAGAGCUGUGUGUGUUGCCAGAUAUCAGCAACACACACACAUGUGUCCAACGGAACAGGAAACACAAAUGCUUCAACAUGCUGAAGCUGACACUGAAGAUGGGUCUGGUGAUACUGACGGGACUGCUGAUGUUCUGGUUCGCCACAGACCAAGCGGGCUGGUUCAGCCAUGUGUCGUUCUUUUAGGUCAAAACCUAAUUUGUGGUCAUUGAAAUUUCCUGACAUGCUUAUAUGAAAGAAAAAUCCAAAAUGACAAUAUUUUCUUGUAAAAAUGCAAUGUAAAGUGUGAAACAUUUAAACUUGUGUGCUUAUUUGCUUAAUAAAGAUCUAUCUUUGUUUAAAAUGA